AUGUAUCGGACCGUGACGACAACCAGCUGGUUUGUAGACCGACUCAUCCAGCGCUAUUUGGCAGUGGCCCCGGUGGAACCGGGUGGACUGACCACCACAUGGGACGAGGCCCUGGCGACAGCCGGUUUUCUCAUGGACUUGAAUCGCCUGUUUAAAGAAGGUCAGUUCGUCUGUGAAGGGGUACCUGCUUGCUCUCAGAUCUCGUUGGAACAAUGCUUUUAUGAGUAUAAUUUUUAA